CUGGACCACCGCCCGACGCGCGGAACCUGUGUUCUUCCCUGGAAUGCACGGUUCUAGAAGGCUUCAUCGACCUCAUGUGUUCUUCUUCCCUUACUGGUUCAUCUCCCGUAUGCGACAACGUGGGCUACAGCUCACUCGCCCCGACCAAGAGCUUGAGGACGGGCUGGCUGUCGAGCUUGCUGACUCAACCCCAUCCAUCUGCGUCACGUUCAUCAAACCCUCUGCGCUCGAACCGACAUCCAUUCAUAUCAUCUUUGGACAGGGAUGCAGCUGUUCCAGCGAUCAAUGGUCGACUUACUUCAACCGACUAUGGGUGGACGUGAUCGCGGAGCCAACAGCUUUUUAGCUCACCGAACCAAAGCCGAUCAACGAGAUGGCUCUCGAUCAGCAAAAGCCGGUUUGCCCCAGGAUCCAUCUAACUCAGGGAACCUUGACUUUUGGAAGCCCAGGGAGGAAGAUCUGCCUGGACGUCAAGGUGGAAGAAUUCCAUCCCGCACGUCGAAACGACUCGAUGGUAUAUACCUUGGACGUUCGGUUUGAGUAAAACAGCUCACGCUCCGAAACAUCCUUCACCGUACUGCGCAUAGCGACGUGUAUGAAACCACUGAAC